AUGCGCUGCUCCCGCCGGAACUUUGCUGCCUAUGUUGUGAAGCGACCGCGACUUGCGCCUGCUACUACAAGCUCCCGUAUCUGGUGCGCGUCGCAAAGAUGCCUCGCCACCGCACACUCAACGCAAGAGGAGGAAGGUAGCGGUGCGAAAAAGGGGACUCUUUCUGUGCCGUCCGAAGCCCGCUUCAGCGAGAUAGGGGUCCAGCAACUCUCCAGCCAUGUCCACCAGCAAAUCUUUCCUGGCAAAGGCACUGCCGCACCGCCCGAGCUCGUUGCCCUCUCCAAAGACCACCUCACCCGCCAUGACCUCCUCGGCAAGAACCAAGACUCGACCCCACCCGUGGCCUUCGAUUUGCCCGAAUUGCAGGGGACAACGCUCGACGAGCAUUUUUACAAGCUGGGUAUGGAUGCUGCGGAACCGUUCCUGACAAUGGCGAAGAAAUUGGCGUGGGCAAACCCUCCCCCGAAGCCGCGAAAGUGGGUCAGAAGGAGCGGGUGGACCAAAUACAACAGCGACGGGACGAGUGAAGCUGUGGAAGCACCAGAUGAGGACAUGCUGACCUUUGAUACCGAGGUUAUGUGGAAAGAGACGUCGUUCGCGUGUAUGGCAUGCGCUGUGAGCCCGACAGCAUGGUACGCGUGGAUAUCACCGUGGUUGCUGGGAGAGUCAAAAUCGGAUCGACAUCUAAUACCCCUCGGCGACCCGUCGAAACCGCGCGUUAUCGUCGGCCAUAACAUUGGAUACGAUCGGGCACGAAUAUCCGAGGAGUACGACAUACAGCAGUCGAAGAACUCGUUUGUGGAUACCAUGUCAUUGCACGUUGCGUCCAACGGCAUGUGCUCGCGGCAAAGACCGUCAUGGAUGAAGCAUCAGAAGAGCCGGGAGCAGAGGGAGAAACUUGCCACUUCUGAUGAACAUGCGGAUCUCUCACAUUUGCUCGGUUCAGGCGCGAUACCGGACGAAGAGGAGGAGCUGUGGAUUGGCCGGAGUGCGAUUAACUCGCUACGGGACGUGGCCAAGUUUCAUUGCAACAUCACUAUCGACAAGGCCCGGCGAGAAUACUUUGGGGAGCUAGAUCGGGCAGGAAUAUGUGACAAGUUGGACGAACUACUGGAUUAUUGUGCGGCUGAUGUCGAGAUCACGCAUCGCGUGUACCAGAAAGUUUUCCCCCUAUUUUUGGAGACGUGCCCGCAUCCCGUCAGCUUCGCAGCUCUGCGCUUCUUGGCUGCCGAAAUUCUCCCUGUGAACGAGACAUGGGACGCAUACAUCCACAAUGCUGAGGCAACGUACCACAAGCUCAGCGACGACGUCCAAGAGCGACUCAUUAAGCUCAUGGAACAGGCACUCGAGGUCAAAGACAAGCCCGAAAUCUAUGAGAAUGACCCCUGGUUGAGCCAGCUGGACUGGUCCGGUCAGGAAAUCAGGAUGGUCAAGGGAAAGAAGAAGGGUGACCCACCGCGACCGGCAGCACGACAGAAGAAACCAGGCAUGCCAAAAUGGUACAAGGACCUCUUCACGAAGAGCGACGGACCAAUUAAUCUUACUGUCCGCACAAGACUAGCACCGAUUCUGCUGAAGCUGAGUUGGGAUGGCAACCCGCUGGUGUGGUCAGACAAGCAUGGCUGGACGUGGCAGGUGCCUAUGGAAGAAGUUUUCGCAUACAAAGAGAAGGGCUUGAAGGAAUUGGAUAUGUCAGAAGAGGAAAACUUGAAGUUGCGCGACGACACGAAGCAUCGAUACUACAAAGUGCCACAUAAGGAUGGCCCACUGGCGAGGUGCGCAAAUCCACUAGCCAAGGGCUACCUUGCAUACAUGGAGAAGGGGACUCUUUCUUCUGAGUAUGAAUAUGCCAAGGAGGCACUUGAGAUGAACGCGUCAUGUUCGUAUUGGAUAAGCGCAAGAGACAGGAUCAUGUCGCAGAUGGUGGUGUACAACAAGGAGCUACCGAAUGCGCCGGAGCUAGUGUCCUCGUCCGAAAUCGGUGGAGAGAAGAAGGUUGGGUUCAUCCUACCGCAGAUCAUUCCGAUGGGUACCAUCACACGUCGAGCUGUCGAGAACACGUGGCUCACAGCCAGUAAUGCCAAAAAGAAUCGGGUUGGAUCCGAGCUCAAGUCAAUGGUGCGAGCACCGCAAGGUUAUUGCUUCGUUGGAGCCGAUGUGGACUCGCAAGAGCUAUGGAUAGCGAGUCUGAUCGGCGAUGCCACCUUUAAGCUGCAUGGAGGUAAUGCUGUCGGCUUCAUGACGCUCGAAGGCACGAAGGCUGCUGGGACAGAUUUGCAUUCCCGCACGGCAGGCAUCCUCGGCAUAACCAGAAACGAUGCGAAGGUGUUCAACUACGGUCGUAUCUAUGGUGCCGGCCUGAAGUUCGCCGCAACACUAUUACGGCAGUUCAACCCCGGUUUAACCGACUCCCAAACCACCAAGACGGCGAACGAAUUGUACGAAACUACCAAGGGCAAGAAGACGGCAAGAAAGCAACUCCACGAGCGGUCAUUUUGGAGAGGAGGCACCGAAUCCUUCGUCUUCAACAAGCUCGAAGACUUUGCUGAGCAAGAAAAGCCUCGGACACCCGUCCUUGGGGCCGGUAUCACCGAAGCACUGAUGCGUCGUUACCUCACCAGGGGCGGCUUCAUGACAUCACGCAUCAAUUGGGCGAUCCAAUCUUCUGGCGUUGAUUAUCUUCACCUCCUAAUUGUCAGCAUGGAGUAUCUGACUCGGCGGUACAAUCUGGACGCUCGUCUGGCCAUUACAGUACACGACGAGAUUCGCUACCUUGUGAAGGAAGAAGACAAGUACAGAGCUGCUAUGGCUUUGCAAGUAGCCAACGUGUGGACGCGCGCCAUCUUCUCUCAGCAAAUGGGCAUCGAUGAGCUCCCGCAGUCCUGUGCCUACUUCUCCGCCGUCGACAUCGACCAUGUACUCCGCAAGGAAGUGGACAUGGACUGCAUCACUCCCAGCCACAAGGACAAGAUUCCGCAUGGCGAGUCUCUCGACAUCAUGACACUGCUCGAGAAGGGCGACGCCGCGCGCCUCGACCCCGCCAUCGUUCCCAAAGACCCUCCGGCGGUCGAAAAGUAUCAGGCAAGCUACGUACCGCGCAUUCCUGUUAUGGCAUCCCUCGCGGGCGUAGACCCGACGUCUGUAUCGAGCAUUGCAUACUUGAAGGCGCAGAUUACGGGUGAUGACAAGGAGUUGAAAGAUAUUAUGCGCACAGUAAGGAUGCCCGCCAAGCCGAGGUCAAGAAGAUCGAAGAAAGAAGAAGAUGAUGAAGAGAAUGAGCGUGCGGUGCUGCACUACGAACAGAUGGCGCAACUGCUCCCAGUCGAUGAGAUAUGGCAGAACAACAAGUUCACCAAGAAGUGGAGCUCCACCAGACCCGGCACACUGCACCAUUUCCACCCACGAAGUACCGCUCCGCGACCAGCGAGAGCACAUUAA